GUACACACUGUCAUCCAGACAGUGAAUGAAUUUAGAAAAUUUUAUUAAGCUAAUUUUGUAUAAAAAUGUCUUUAAAUUACGAGGAAAUGAGCUGGUCAGAUGUGCGGGAUCAGUUCCGGAAAUGGCGUGAGGAAUCUGAACGCCACAGCGAUGAUGUUGUGCAGCUUUGGAUUGCUGUGCUGGAGGACAAAGUCCAUAAGACUGGCAAUGAGCGACACCUGAUAUUAGAGCAGGUUAUAGUUGCUGCUUUGGAUACGGCGCGCCUAGAUAUAGCCACAAAGUGCAUUAAAGAGCUGAGCGUAGAAUUUCCCGGCAGCUUGCGUGUGAUGAAAUUUAAGGCCAUGCGUUUAGAAGCUAUGGAACAGUAUGAUGCCGCCAAUGAGCUGCUUGAUAAUAUAAUUGAAAAGGAUCAAACAAAUGCGGCGCCAAGAAAAAGAAAAAUUGCAAUUCUAAAGGCGCGUGGAAGGCGUAUGGAUGCCAUAAAGGAGUUGAAUUCGUAUUUGAAAAAAUUUAUGUCGGAUCAGGAAGCUUGGCAAGAGCUGUGCAACUUGUACAUGGGUCAGGGUGAUUACGGCAAGGCGGCAUUUUGCAUGGAAGAAGUCUUGUUGCACAAUCCACACAGUCAUUUAGUUCAUCAACGACUAGCGGACAUACGCUAUACCAUGGGUGGCAUCGAUAACGUUGAAAUAGCACGCACAUACUACUCGCAGGCCAUCAAGUUAAACCCACAUAAUUUGCGUGCGCUUUAUGGUUUGUAUUUAUGCUGCAGCAAUUUGGCCAAUUCAAGAGCCGUCAGCUCCAAGCGUAAGGAGUCACAAAAACUGGCACAGUGGGCACUCGAUCAGGCUACUGCAGAAACAUCUAGUCGUUCUACAAUCAAGAACAAUGAUAAAUGGAUUUCAUCUUUGGACUCCGCCUUUGGCAAUUUGGACAUCAAAUCAAAUUGACCGUUUUUAUGUUUGUUAGCGUAGAUGCAAUACCAUAAAACCUAAAUAAUUCCAAAAAAAAAAAAACAAA